CCACAUCUUUUGAAAUGUACACCACACCACACAUCUUUUGAAAUAUACACACACACCACACAUCUUUUGAAAUAUACACACACACACACCACACAUCUUUUGAAAUAUACACACACACCACACGGAUGUGACUCCAGUCUCACCGCCAUAACAAGAACACAAGCACCUUGCAAACAACAUCCACACAUCAACAACGUAUAUAUAUAUAUAUAUAUAAUAUAUCUAUACUACAAUAGCUGGUUUGCCCAAUAUAUUAUUUUUCCCCUCCUUAUCAUACACACACCUCUUGUACAUUUCCAAACGGCACCAAUUUACAAUCACAACAUGCCCUUCCUCAAUAGGUUAUUCCAGAGUAAAAGGGCCAGAAAUUACAACAGUAAACCUGCAAUUCCGGAGCCCAAAAAACCAUGGAUUUCACCUGAAUUUGACAAGAAGCAAGUCCGGUUGGUUGUGUACCUGGACAGUGACCUGCGUGGCCGUCAGCUUUUGUUUGAUUCAAAAGCUUUCCCACAGAUGGAAGACAACAACGAGGAGUUUCUGCAUGUGCGCCGAAAUAAUGCAGUGAUGCUCCCUGGGAAAUGUUCACACGGACUAUAUCCACGACCUGGCAGUGAUGUUGAAAUUCUGGAAGAGAUGAUAUUUGGUUCUGUAGCAAUGGCCUACAAGGGAGCCUCACUCAAAGUCCACAUCCUUAGAUCUCCACAUCAACUCAUGUUGACCAAAGUCUUCUUACCUGAACAAGAAAAGAAAGAAGCCGGCAGUGAAGUUGAUAGUGACUCCUACAUCAGUCUUCCACCUGCAGAUUUAAGUUCUUUGAAGUGCAGCAGUUCCAAAGGAAAUAUAGCCCAUAGCCUGCCAAUGGAUAUGCCUCUCAGAAACUAUGAUGCCGAAGAAGACAGCGGAAGGGCUUCAAUUACUUCCAGUGACAGUUUCACCACCUCAUUUCCAUCCCCUGGAAGCAGCACUGCCAGCAGCUACAACAGUCUUCAUCGACGAUGGAUGCGUGCUCAGAAAACAUCCCUGGAGUCACGAGGAAGGAAAGGGUCUCAAGAAAUAAUGGGAUCAGAUACAUCAUCUUUACCAAGAUCCAGAAGAAAUAAACUUGGGAUCGCUGUAUUGUUUAAUUUAUGGAAUGAUGAAGAAAAAAAUAGCAUGUUCUUGACGUUCUUCUUUGCCCACAUUCCUUUAUUUGAGGGCCACUUAGAGAAACUCAGUCAAGCUGUCAAUCAUGCCUUCAAUAACAAGAAAUAUUUUUUGUCCAUUGUGAUGGAGGGUUUGGAAGUUUUACGAAGUGAUCUGCAUGACUUGUACACAGCCCCACGACUCUCCGAACCAGUGUGGCUCAGUAUGAUGGCCCACAGCAAUUAUAAAUAUGUCCACUGCAAUAAGUUUAUGCAACAGUUCACUGCACUUGUUGACAAAUUUGAAAACAAAAAUACACACUUCUUUAUAAGUACAGUAAUCAGUGCUGUGCUCACAUACCACCUAGCCUGGGUACCUACAGUCACUCCCACUGGAGGAACAACAUCAAAAAAAUACAUGGACAAGCAUUCAGCGAAAUGGUUGGAUACCUUGGCCAGAACGCACCCUUACAAUCCCUUGUGGGCCCAGCUAGGAGAUCUUUAUGGAAGUAUCGGAAACCCACUAAGACUCUCGCGGACUGUGGUCACCGGUAAAAAAGCUGAUUUAGUUUCCAAAAUACUACACGUUCUCAGCUAUUUUAUCCGCUGUAGUGAGGUGCAUGAAAAUAUUGAUUUAUGCAAUGUGACUUCUGCCUUAGAAGGUGUGUCGUUUGAGGACACAUCCAGCGAGUGCGAACGGACUCUCAGUGAUAUCAUAUCUAUGGACCGUGAAUCAAUCAUGGAUGUUCAGAUUAACAAUUUAAUUAAUGAGUUUCGUACUAAUGAAAUAGAAAAAGACGAUGCUCUUCCUCCCCAUGAAAAAGCGUGCAGCAUGACAAGUGCUACUGUGCAGGAGCACUUGCCAUGUGAAAGUACGCACAUCGUUGGACAUGCUACAUCACUUGACUCUCAUCAAACUGAUGCCAUAGUAACGGGAAGGAGGAGUAGUAGUAGUAGUAAUAGCGAUGCCACCUCAUUGUGCCAAAAUCCAAAAAAGAAUCGUUCAAAAUUGUCUGAGCAGUUGGCUCAGCAUGACUUCCAGCAGUCCAGCUCCAAGUCCACUUCAUCGAUUUGCGAUGUUCAGAAUGGUUUUAAAGAAGAUGUCAACAGUACAUUUGAUGAAUACUUCACCAGUUCGGAACCGAGGACCAAAGAUGAAAUUGUGGCCAUCUCUGAGGUUGGAUUGCCUAUAGUUGACAUUUUAAGUACUAGUAACUCUAUCGAGACAUCUGUGAUAACGUCCUCAACAUUUCCCGAUGAUGAGGAUUCUCUGCAGGACGGCCAGCCUUCACUUUCUGCAACCAGUUCCAAAAAUUCUCUUUCUAAUGGUCAACCAGUCAGUGCUCCAACAAAAGUGUCUUUGGCACGCUCGGUGUCUAGCUUAUCAGAAGCCAGUCGCUCGAGACACAUGUCUUCAGCCAGUGCCAACACCCACGAUGUGGAACUUAUUGACCCUCUAUUCACCUGUAAAGAAUUACCAAUGCCAAAGUGCAAUAGUCAGGGAACAAAAAAAGCGGUUAGCAGUUUUGCAAAGAAUUUUGGCCGUUCCUUACUGGCAGAUUUUUCCGACCAUUAUUUAUCUGAUUUUGUAUUACAUGGAACAUCAAGUUCACACUUUCAUCGGAAGAUGAACAAAGACCUUCAACAAGCAGUUCAGCACUCUAUCUUGGAUGAACCUAUCACAGAAGCUGUGUGUAUUUUAGCAAACACUGAUGAAUGGAAUGUUAGCAUUGCCAGUAGCUGCAGAAUUGAUAAAUCUCCAAUCCCUUGCUCUGCUUCUCGCCUAGUCUGUGAUAUGGUCGAAUCUGUGUCAGAUCUGUGGAAACUAAAGAUGAGCCCUGAAUUUUGUAUGAUGCAUCUUGAAGAUCGUCUACAAGAGAUCUACUUCAAGAGUAUGAUGUUGGUAGAAUAUGCUCAUGGAAUUAACAAACCCUCUAUGAAGGAACUGACAACAAUGUUGGGGUUUGAUGCCAGUGAUAUUCCAUUGCUAUUAGCUGUGGCAUCAACUCAUUCCAGCCAAGCUGCUUGAACUGAAGCCAAAACAAGACAAAUUGGCAAUACAACGUUACACUUUUCUCCUGCCUCAAAACCAGUGUUGCAGAAGGAAAGAAGCGCACACACACACUCACACACACACACACGCACAUGCAUACAUGUAUACACACACACAUGUUUGCAUGCACAUGAAAAUAC